GAAAGAGAGAGGGAGCCCAAGUCUUUGACAUCAAUGAAGUUUGGUUUUUUUGAUAGAUAAAAACUGGUCCCCUACAUUGGUAUUAGUUCCAUAACAUACCCAGAGAUUACAAAACCAAUACUUAGGCUAAAGGUGGUCACAUGAUUCUUCAGGCGACUUUGGUUCUCUUUUUUUUCCAAACUGCAACUCGCAUUUACCCGUUAAGACAACAUCUUUUUCAUCUCCCUAUUAAACACAUAGGCCUAACCAUAUAACAACAUUAACGUCUAGAUACAUCCCUUUACAUUUUUCUCAUUUGUUUUCAGAUUCUUAUAUCAUUUGGGAUGAUGAAAUGGGGAAAAAAGAAACCUGUUUCUUCUUCUUCUUCUUCUUCUCCAGGGUUGUCUCGUGCUCAUCAUGUUUCUUGGUUUUCAAAGCUGACUGGUUCUUCUGACUUAAAACUUGCAAAAGAGAAGAAGAAGCAAGAUGAUGAUGAAGCUAGCCAGAAGAUGUCUUCAAAAUCUUCCUUGGGUUCUACUAAACGUCGAAAUGAUACUCAUGAGAGUAGCAAAAGGUUUCAAAGAGUAUCAGCAGAAAAGGAGAACGCUACAACAAGAUCAGCAAAUAUGGAGUCAAAUGAGAAGUUUGAAGAGAUUAUGAGCAGUGUGAGGAAGAAAGUAAGAGAUUUCCAAAGAGAGACAAUGGAUGGAGACAAAGAAACUGUGAUCAUGACGCCAAGAAUUCAGGUGAACAGAGAUAGGCAGCAGAGAUGUGAGAGACGUGAUCAAAAACUUCUCGAACAAAAGCCAAAGAGACCAGAACAGAACACAGAGGUUAAAGUGAAGAAACCAGCGAGAAGGACAGGUACAAGUAACAGUAGAGAGACUCUUGUGGCUCACCAGUGGCAGCAUCUCAAGGAAACAAAACUAAGAGAAGUGAAGCUGAAGGCUGACAAACAGAGGAAAUCUAUGUACCUAAGAAGGGAGCUAGGGACAAAAGAAAACAGCAAGGUUAGAGUCUUUUCACCAAGAUCAUCUGAAAAAUGCAGAGUCAAAGCUAUUGAAGACUUGAAGAAGGCUAAACAGAGAGCAAAGGAGCAGGAGAUGGAGAAUGAAAGCUUUGCAGUAGUGAAAUGCUCGAGCGAUCCUCAGAAGGACUUUAGAGAUUCAAUGAUUGAGAUGAUCAUGGAGAAUGGUAUCAAUCGCCCUGAAGAACUCAAAGAGCUUCUGGUUUGUUAUCUAAGACUUAAUAGUGAUGAGUAUCAUGAUAUGAUCAUAAAUGUUUUUCAGCAGGUGCAUAAUGAUUUAUUUAUGUUGGUGUAGAAUAGUAAUAUAAAGAUCUAUGGAUGAUUAAUUAUUCUGAUUUGUUAAAUGUUUUACACUUUCUA